CAGCCGAGGAAACAUCGCAAGGUUUCGACGACGUUGGUAUGAAAUGGCAGAAACUGCCUGUGUCACGGAAGCACAAAGAUUAGGUUACGUAGAAGCUACACAUGUAUUCUGCGAUGAUCCCGGCCUGCUAGUGUGAGGGAAACGGGAGUGUAUCCGGAGGAAAAAGGGAUUAAAGAGCUGUUUUUCUCCUUUAAAAAAAAGGAGAAACGUCCGGGUUGUGUCUCCAGCAGGCAGCAACGGCGACUGCGGGUCGACACUGGUGGAAUUAACCGGAGAGGGGUCUUGCGAGCUCCACUUGAAUGCCCAGUCAUAGCGUUCGUCCAAGGCUUCACCAUGAACCGGAACAAGCGUGAAAAGGAGUACUACAGUAUAGAUGUGGGCGAUUCAACUUUUAUGGUUUUAAAGCGCUACCAGAACCUCAGACCCAUCGGAUCCGGAGCACAGGGAAUUGUCUGUUCAGCGUAUGACCACAACUUGGAGAGGAACGUCGCCAUCAAGAAGCUGAGCCGGCCGUUUCAGAAUCAAACUCAUGCGAAACGGGCCUACAGGGAACUGGUGCUAAUGAAAUGUGUCAACCACAAGAACAUAAUCGGCCUUUUAAAUGUAUUCACACCACAGAAGACACUGGAAGAAUUCCAAGAUGUGUAUCUGGUGAUGGAGCUGAUGGAUGCCAACCUCUGCCAGGUGAUUCAGAUGGAGCUGGACCACGAGAGGCUGUCCUACCUGCUCUACCAGAUGCUGUGUGGAAUCAAACACCUACACGCUGCUGGCAUCAUACACAGGGACCUGAAGCCCAGCAACAUCGUGGUGAAGUCUGACUGCACACUGAAGAUCCUGGACUUUGGCCUGGCCAGGACAGCUGCCACCGGCCUCCUCAUGACGCCCUACGUGGUCACCCGCUACUACCGCGCCCCAGAGGUCAUCCUGGGCAUGGGCUACCAGGCCAACGUUGAUGUCUGGUCUGUUGGCUGCAUCAUGGCUGAAAUGGUCCGGGGUAGUGUGUUGUUUCCAGGCACCGAUCAUAUCGACCAGUGGAAUAAGGUGAUCGAGCAGCUGGGGACACCGUCUCAGGAGUUCCUGAUGAAGCUCAACCAGUCGGUGAGGACCUACGUGGAGAACAGGCCACGGUAUGCGGGCUACAGCUUUGAGAAGCUCUUCCCUGAUGUCCUGUUCCCUGCAGACUCUGAACACAACAAACUGAAAGCGAGCCAAGCUCGAGACCUACUAUCCAAGAUGCUGGUAAUAGACGCUUCGAAGCGGAUCUCAGUGGACGAGGCUCUCCAGCACCCUUAUAUCAAUGUGUGGUACGACCCGACUGAAGUGGAGGCGCCACCACCCGCGAUCACAGACAAGCAGCUGGAUGAAAGAGAGCACACAGUGGAGGAGUGGAAAGAGUUGAUAUACAAAGAAGUGUUGGACUGGGAAGAAAGGACAAAGAACGGUGUCAUCAGGGGACAGUCAGCGUCCAUAGGUGCAACAGUGAGCAGCAGCCCCCAGCAGCACCACCAGCACCACACCUCCAUGUCCUCCUCCACCUCUGUCAACGGCUCCUCCAUGUCCACCGACCCAUCCCUGACCGACACUGACAGCAGCCUGGAGAUGGCCAGCGCCGCCACCGCUGCUGCUGCUACAGCCACCGGCCCCCUGGGCUGCUGCUACAGCAACCAGCCCCCUGGGCUGCUGCAGAUGACUAUCAUCUACACCUCCUCCUGGUCCUGGUCCUGGGCUGGGCCUCGCCCCCUGGUCACAUCCAAGACCACUAGCCCAACACUGGCUCCUGGCCCCGCCCCCUGCAUUUGUCCCCCCUCCCACAUCCUCUCUGUGCUUGUCUUCAGUAGUGUAGCGUUUAGCCAGCCAGCUGUUUAAGAAAUAUUUUGAUUUCUGAAAGGACAGAUCUUUUUUUUUCUUUUUUAUUAAAGUUAUAGUCUUUUUUUAAAUUAGGAUUUCUUUUCGUUUGAGUCCUAGCUGUAAUUUAUUGUGGCAUUUCUUAAUUUUUCAGAAACCUAAGAUGAUGAUAAGAGAAUUUUUAUGAUUUCACUACGUUCCGGUUUGUAUUAACCGACAGUGAGAAUUUAAAGAAAUAUCUGUACAAUGUUUUAAUGUGAUCUAUUUUUCUGUUUAAAGUCAUUUGUUUCACUUGUAAGCUACUGCUUUUACAACUUGCCAUAUAAAUGUAGAUUGAGUUUGUACAGAUUUUAUGGUAGAUGUAGUUUUAUCUUCGAUACAAGUUUGCAGUGAGCCAUCGAAACAUAAUUGAAUUGCAAGACGUAUGGUCUUAGUACUCCCCUUAUCUGUUUUAUCUCCCAUAAUAUGGAUAUUGUUUUAAGUUCAUAUGACAUAUCCAUUGAUUUGAACUGAGAUCAUUUAGAUUUACUUGUAAAAUUUCUUUUUCUUGUGAGUCACUACUACUUCCUACAUUGUAAAAUUUAAUGAAAGCUUUAUAAUUUACUCAUUCUUCACCUCCUGAUCAGUCAUGAUAGGACUUCAAAAUGAUUUUCAUACACCAUCUGAUUCAUUUUACCUUCUGCAUUUAAGCUAUGGGAUCGAUAAUGGCACAGUUAGUUCCCACAAGAUAACUUGGAGCUCUUUGAUGACUGUCUUCUGUAAUUUUAAGUGCUUUAAAGUACCUCUUCUUGUCUGCAACAGGCUGUGUGACGUUAUGGAACUGGAUUGGUGGUAUUGCUUCGGAGGACUGGAUGCAUGGAGCUCUUUCGCGUUCUCCACUGGCUUGCUUUGACAGUGAGCUAUUGCUAACAGUUCGGAAUGUUUAUUGUCGUGCUUUGGGAGGUUUAUCGAGACGUAGAUGAGUUGUGUGAGGUCGUAAAAUUGGUGACGGUGUAAGUAGAAUGUUCUUCAGUCAAGUAGGGAAUUGUGAUUUUGAGAACGCUUGUGAACGUGUCGCUAUUGGGUGUUUUGGAGGGGAAGUGAUUCUGCAGCCUGAUGGGAGAGUGUGAAAACAUGUCAGCUUCCUUCUACCAGAUCCUGUUAUUAGUAAUGUACUUUUGUGAAUUUGGAAAAUUGCGAGUGAUUUUUUUAAAAAGUUGGCCUAACACUUUGCAUACCAGACUUGCCUGCAAUUGUAAAAAAAGAACCUAAAACUUAGCAGCACAAAUAACCAGAGUCAAAAGAAAAACAAAUUAUUCUCGGUAUGCAAUAAUAGUGCCCUUUUUUUGAGUUUUUUUAUUUAGCAUUGAAAGGAAAAGUGCCUGUUGUUUGUCAUUCAUUCCUGAGUACAUGGGUAUUCAUUACGUGUAGGUUUUUAUGGCGUCUGGUUAACAACGGUAGUUUCCAUAUCAAACCAAUAAUGUAUGAUGGGGUUGUAGUUCUCACAAAUGUAUUGUAUAUUUUUCUACUUGUUUUGAUUUUGACCCUCGAGCGGGAGACCGUCGUGUCUUGCAGGGUAAGAAGGUGAUGAUGUAUACGUUGAGAUGCUUAAGCACGUGUUUGAGUCAUUUCAGAAGAAAAGGCAGUUUUAUCAAGGUCUUUCAUCAAAGUAAAAAGAAGUGUUUCUUUGCAGUGACAGCAACCGAAAUAUAGGUUAAUAAGAGUUCUUUGGCUUUUCUUUGAGUACUAAUUUAAUGUGAUGGUUGUAAGAGAGAAGAACCAAGUUUUGAAAUUCAACUACUGGAUCAAACUAAAUGAGGGAACUCUGCGGCUGCAUUUUUGUCAGUAUUUUGCGAUGGUUUUGGAUACUGUUUACUGUUGGAAUUGCAGAUUGAUGUUUUAGUUACAAACACACAUCUGAGAGGCAGAGCCAAACGACCAUGGUGUUUCUGGCUAAUUCAUCUUUUAAGUUCAAAGUAACACUUGUAGUACUAAGUGAAAAAGUGCUCUAACCAUAGUAAGUCAAUUUAAUAAAAAAAAAAAAAAAAGCCAUAUUAGCUAAGAGCUAUCUAGGCAAGUUGUGUAACUUUUUAAGAUCAUGAAUAUCAUGGUCUUAAGUGAAAAAAAACAAAGGAGUCCAUGCUAUUUUGCUCAGUUUAUUGAGGUUUCAUGCAGCCAUUCUGCCUGCUUGAACUGUUUGCAUAACUAAAAUUAUCUGCAAGAAGCAGAGUUGGGAUGUAUUGUACUGUCAUGGAUGAUGAGCAGGUGUGGUGGAUGUUGGCACAAAGAUCCCUGUGCAAGGAUUGUUUAAACGUGUAACACAGCACUGUGUCUAGAACCUGUCCCAGUCUUUGAUAAGGACGUUAAGCUCAAAGCAAAGUUGCAAACAGGGUUGUCUUUAGACUGUAGCAUGACACGCUGUGUGCUCUGUGCUGUGCUCUACUGCAGCAACUAGUUACCAUCUGCCAGAUAUGUAAGGCUAAACACAGAAGUAACCAUUUACUUAACGGCAUGAUUUUUCAGAUACUGCAGCACUGUCUCCUUUAUCAACUUCUAGACUUGCACCAGCUAUUCGUAAAUCCAUUAUUAAGUGUGUCAUUCCUAAGUUCUUAGUAACAACUAGCUAGUUUCAAACUAAUGUUUUAGUAAAUCGGGUUGCCCCAUUAAAACUUAAAGUAUGCUUUAUCCAGUAAAAACCUCAACAAUGGGUAAACUGGUUGUCAUCUGAUCAUAAUCAGUCAGCAUCACAAACUAUAACAUAACUUUCAAAAUUGAUGGUUUUAAUUGAAAAAACAAACAAACAAUAUAGUAAAUGCAACUGCCAGUCCUUUGUAAAUGUAGAUAUGACGUUGUUUUAUUUAUAUAUGCAUACAUAGAGACGUAUGUGUGUUUCUGAAUUACUAAUAUCCAUACAUUUUUGAAUAAGUGAGAAAUGUCUCAAUACACUACUACCCUCAGUUUUAUUUGGUCUUUCAGUCUAACAUUAUUAGCCCGACGUUUUGUACUUUUAUGUUAUUUUUUGUCAAUUUUGUGGAAUUUAUUUUAAAUUUUAAAAACUUCCUAGUUUCCGUCAUUAUUAAACAGCAGUUUAUCAAGUGUAUGGUAAGUGUAUUGACCAUGUAACAUUACCGCUUUUACUCUUCAAUCUAAAUGGGUAAUAGAAUAGCAAGCGUUAGUGCUGCCACUAAGCUACGCAGCAGUUAACAUUUAAUAUAUCAGAAAACAUGCGUUAGCUUCUUCACUGAGCUACAAAACAAUUAACAUUAAAAAUAUCAACAAACAAGUGUUAGCUUCGUCACUGAGCUACACAAUAGUUAACUUUUAACAAAUUAGCAUGCUAAUGUUAGCUCCGUCAGUGAGCUACAAAACAAUUAACAUUGAAUAUAUCCACAAGCAAGCGUUAGCUUUGUCACUGACUCUGCAAUAAUUAACGUUAUAAAUUAGCAAGCAAGUGUUAGCAUCUUCACUAAGCUACACAAAAGUUAAUGUUAACAGUUAACAUUAAAUCAAUUAGCAAACAAAUGUUAGCUUUGGCACUGAGCUAAGCAACAGUUAAUGUUUAAUGAAUUAGCAAGCAAGUGUUGGCUUCUUUACUGAGCUACACAAGUUAAUGCUGAAUGAAUUAGCAAGCAAAUGUUAGCUUAAUCACUGAGCUACACAACAGUUAAUGUUCAAUAAAUUAGCAAGCAAAUGUUAGCUUUGGCAAUGGGCUACGCAACAGUAAACAUUUAAUAAAUUACCAAGCAAACUGUAACUUUGACACUGAUUUAAGUUACACAAGUUAACAUUUGAUAUAUCAGCAAGCUAAUGAAAGCUUUGUCAGUUAGCUGCACAACAGUUAACAUUUAAUAUAUUAGCAAGCUAAUGUUAGCUCUACGAAAGAACUAGUUGAUAGGGUGCAACCCAUUUUAAUUUUGUGAUGCGUAUAUAUCUACUUUGUAAACACUUAUUGGUUAAUAACUACAGUAAGUUUGAACUUACGAACAGCUGGUGCCACUGGCUCCUGCUCUCUUUUCUAGUCACCAGAGUUUUAAAGGAAAGGUUUGGCCAGUAAAGUGUAUUGUCAGACAGUAGUUGUAGAUUCCAACAGCAAAAAAUUAAAGUGUCCAGCAGUAAAUGUACAGUAGUGUUUUGACAAACAAUGACUUAGACAUCUGUAAGAAGGCAGCGAUGGCAGGGAAAAUAUCAGUGGUAUGUAUCCAUGCGUCAUAUUAGCCCAUUUGUUAUAUUAGCUAAAAUAAUCAAUCAGAAAAAAAUACGUUGUCUAAAGUGCUCUUAAUUUUCGUAGCCCAACAUUAGGGGCUUUAAUUGGAGUAUUUUGUUAUGUUUUUCUUCUUCUUCUUAGGUUGUUGUUGCUUUUUUAUAAUUACCGCAUCUCUCCAAACAAUGUCAUUCUGAUUUAAGUCGGCUUUGAUGAACUACCUCACGCUGAAUUUCUGCCAGUUCUUGCAUAUACUUAGUCGCCUGCAGAAUUAGCUAUCGAAGACGUGUGAAUAACAGAUUCCAUUAUUUAUUUAUUUGAAAGUGUACUAUUUGUCGGUUUCAACAGACUUCUAGUUUUGUACAUUAUGUAUACUUCACCUAGAAGUAAGAGAAUUGUUAUAUGUAUUUUUUUGUUCUUUUUUUUUUUUUUUUUUUUUCUCGGUUUGUUUUUUGUUUUUAAACUAAAUGUGCAAUACCUUCAGCAAACUGUGCUAGUAGUGUGUGAUGGGCCUAGCCUUUGUUAGCUGUCUCCUGAAGGUAAAGAAAAUGUUUGGUACUGUCAAUCCAUGUUUUCCUUUUUUAUGAAUAAGAUCAAUUUUUAUUUCUGUGACUUGUUUAUAGUCAUGAUGUUACGUAAUCAGUCUUACCUGCCAAACUAAUCUGUUGGCCAAGGCUUGAUGCAGAGACGGAAAGUUCUUUGAGUCACAGCGCGGCCAACAGCUUUUGAUUUGGAAUGUGGUAAGGACAAUAAUGUUAAUAAACACAAAAAAGAUGAGUAAAUACCUACAAGAAAUCAUUAUAUGUAUGGUGCUGGUUUGUAAUGUUUGCUAGUGAAUCCAGCCAUGCAAGUAGUUUUAAGAAUUCCUGGAUCUGCGCGUCCCAAAAACCGCAACCAACGAAGAAGUGCACUACUAGAAUACAUGCACUGGGAUCUGAUGAUGCCACCUCUUAAGAAAAAAAACAUGUACUGCAAAUAAAAGAAAUACACUUUG